AAAGGGAUACAGUGCAGUGUUGUUAUCUAAGUUGUCAGUGUAGCUAAUAAAUUAAUACCUUAAUACAGCUCCCGUGACCUCACAAUCACAUGGAGAAAGAAAGAAGAUCCCCUCCUAUAGCUAUCACCUAGGUUGAAUGACCAGAGAAAAAGACUAAGAAAAAAAAGAGAGAUUGCUUCUGAAAAUCACCAUUAAACCUGCAACAUCACUCCCAAGUAAUGAUUUGAGCAAAAAAAAACAACCAAAGAAAUCCAAAAAAGAAGACCCAUCAUCAAAUCAGAUGGGUUUGUUCUCUUCUCUCACUCUAAUCCUUCUUAUAAUCUCUACUACAUUUGCGUCUCUUUCCAAAUCUGCUCCAGAUUACUCUACAGUAGUUUACAAAGGCUGUGCAAACCAGACAUUCUCAGAUUCAACAGGAGGAGGAGUCUAUUCACAAGCACUCUCAGGUCUAUUCACUUCACUCAUAUCCCAAUCUUCAAAAACCAAGUUCUUCAAAGCCACAGCAGGUGGUAACGGUGGUGGGUCAGUUUCAUUCACUGGUAUUUUCCAAUGCAGAGGAGAUUUAAGCAAUGGAGAUUGUUACAGUUGUGUGAGUAAACUCCCAAAGAUUAUAGACAACAUGUGUGGUAAAACCAUCGCCGGCAGAGUCCAACUGUACGGCUGUUACGUUUCUUAUGCGGUAUCAAACUUCCCGGUGAUUUCUGGUGUUCAGAUGCUUUAUAAAACAUGUGGGAGGUCUCAAGCAUCUGGUGUUGGGUUUGAAGAGAGAAGAGAUACUGCAUUUGCUUCAGUAGCUGAUGGUAUUAUGAAUCAAAACAAUGGGUUUUAUACUAGUCAGUACCAGUCUGUUUAUGUGUUGGCUCAGUGUGAAGGUGAUUUGAGUACUAAUGAUUGUGGUGAAUGUGUUAAGACUGUUGUUCAGAAAUCACAAGUUGAGUGUGGGAGUUCGAUUUCUGGGCAGAUUUAUUUGAACAAGUGUUAUAUGACUUAUACUUAUUAUCCUAAUGGCAUCUCUAAGAAAGAUUCACCAGGAGAUGGAGCAGGAGGAGGUGGUGGUGGUGGGGCAGCACAGAAUACAGGGAAAACAAUCGCUAUUGUAGUGGGAGGAGCAGCUGGUGUUGGGUUCCUUGUUAUCUGUUUGAUGUUUACUAGAUCUUUGUUGAAGAAACAUGAUGAUGAUGAUUACUGAAGAUCAUGGAUUGAUGGGGCAGUAAAAACUAUUUUGAUGAGAAGAGAGGGGUUUAGGAAGAGAUAGAUAGAUAGAAAAAGGAGGGGUUUUCACUUUUUUGGAUGUAAAAAGAAAAGGGGAUACUUUUUGUUGGGAAGAGGAGCAUAUUGACACAUUGUUGUUAUGAAUUGUUUAAAGAAUGAAUGAAUGAAUGUUUUUUGUUUUAGAUUAGCAACAUCUAUGAUUUUACUUUUAAGUGGGAUGGACUAUGGAGAGAAAGAGCAGUUGCAGAAGAGAUUAUUUUUGGAGCACAGAGAUUUCCAUCUUUCUUUACUAAUUUCUGUUCUGAAUUUCUAAAUUUCUUAAUACACAUAUCUGACACACAAGGGUUGUU